UGAUCUGACUUGAAGGAGUGGAGAAGGGAGGGACAGAGAGUGGACGGGGUGAGCACAUCGGCUGCACGUUGAAAAGGGACAGACCCUGGCUGCCAACUCCGCGGGAACGAGCAGGUCAUAAGAUACAGCUCUUCUGUCAUGACAUCAUCAAGUUAUCAAUAGGCCUUCAGUAACCAAGAGAGACCAUGGAUUUCAUUCGAGAGAGACGUUCUGAACUGGUUCAAAGAAUGGGAAGACAGGUAAUCGACCAGAUGGUUGAUAAACUUUACAGCAAAGGAGUUCUCAACACUGAAGAGAAAGAUGUGAUUCUUGGAACAUUGCUAUCGCAGGAAAAAGCCAGGGUAAUUCUUGGGUACAUUGAGAACAAAGGGACAGCUGCAUGCAACCUGUUUUUGGACUAUCUCAAGUGCUAUGACCAGUAUCUCUUUGAGGACCUGAAAUGGACAAAUGUUCAAACAUACACAGAGAAGGACGUUGAAAUGAUUGCUGAAGAUUUACGGAGACUUUAUCUAUCUUCAGCUUUUCAAAAGUUCCAUCCCCUUGGUGAGGAAAUAGACAUCAUUUUUGAUCUGGAAACCACUUUCUCAGAUGCUGUGUUCUGGAAAAAAAACACAAGCAACCGCAUAAUAGACCAACUACAAUUCCAGGACCUUCUGGGUGAACUGAAAGACUUAACAGUGAUUGAAGGUGAAGCUGGAAAAGGCAAAACAACUGUUCUGAAGAGAAUCGCAUCUCUCUGGGCUUCCAGGAAACACUCCUCACUCAAUGGUUUUAAAUUAGUUUUCUUUAUUAGCCUCAGAAGUAUGCAGAAGGGACUGUAUGAAAGCAUCUGUGAACAGCUGCUUAGGGAACCGUAUGGCCUGGAUAAUGCAACAUUCAUGAAAAUCAUAGAGACGCUGGAGCGAAAAGUGCUCUUUUGCUUGGAUGGUUUUGAUGAAUUUAAGCCCCGCGAUUACCCCGAGACUGCUAGGCUCUUCACAAAGAAUGCCCAGUACAAGCACUCUGUGGUUUUAACAACACGAACUGAGACCCUGAGUCAGGUUCGAAGCUACGCCGAUCUCCUGGUGAAAAUAGGAGACCUAAGUUACAGCAGCGCACAAAUGCUGAUUGAAAAUGUCCUUGAGGAAUACUUGGCCAACAAUUUAUUGAUUCAACUUGAGCAAUCGAGUACUAUGAAGGAGAUGAUGAAGACUCCACUCUUUGUAGUGAUCGCGUGUGCCAUUCAGAUGGGAGAUGAUGACUUCAUUCCAAAGACACAAACAGCAUUGUUCCAAACCUUGCACAAGCUAAUGAUCAAUAAAAAUCAAUACAAAACCAGGGACUUGCCAGAAGAAUUUUUCAUUGAGAGCAUAAAACAUUGUGGAGACUUGGCUUUGGAUGGAAUCUUUAAGUCCAAGUUCGAUUUUACCAUAGAGGACUUGUCUUCUCAGAAAGAGGAAAGGCUGCUGUUAGCAGCAGGCCUCCUGAAUAAGUAUGGUGCCCAGAGACUGAAACCAGUUUACCGAUUCUUUCACAAAUCCUUUCAGGAGUACACUGCAGGCAGGAGGCUACACGAACUGAUAACAUCGAACUCAGCAACAGAGGUUUCCAAAGGGCAGAUGUAUUUGCAGAAAAUAAGGACUAUCUCAGACAUCACCUUCAAAUACCAGAAUCUGCUUCUGUAUACAUGUGGAUCAUCCAAAGAUGCUGCUGCUGAAGUAAUCAAGCACAUUGUAAGCGUUAAGGACCACGGAACACUUCUGCAGUUCCUUGAUGACAAUGAAGAGGGUGUGAAUGUAGAAACCCGCAUGCAAAGUUCAGAGGAAGUAGAGAGACUUAAACUCCUAAAUAUAAACACUCUUGUUGAGCGUGGCCUGACAUUUAUCUAUGAAAGUCGAUCUGAAUCUGCCCUGGCUGCAGAGUUUGAAACUUUCCUGCAGGACAAAACACUCCAUAUCAAUUCCCAUUUUAUACCAGAUUACCUCUUCUACUUUUUUGAACAUUUGCCAAUCUGUUUAAGAGCUUUAAGUCUAAUUAAACUUGAGUUUUUUGGAAACUCUGCUUCUUCGAGUGUAAAUGAAAUGAAGAAAACUGAGAGUGAAGAUCAAGUGCAGAAUGUAACUCAGGCACUCAUACCCGAGCCUGCUAUUAAACUCUUCUAUGAAACACCCUGGAAUCAAUCCUUUAACACACUGCAAAUCACUUUGAGAGAUUUUCCAGGAUUAAAACCAAGGGAGAUCAAAUGCAUUGGUAAAAUCUGUUGCUCUGCUUCAUCUUUAGUUUUAUAUAUAAGCAAGAGUGCGGGAAUUACAGGAAAACUUCAUAAAAUUCUGAGUACAUGUGCACGGAAUGUUCAGGAUCUGGUGAUUGAAUCCACACCAUUAACAGAGAAAGAUGAACAACAAAUAGUAAAGAUGACUCAAUUAAAGACAUUGCACCUGACUGAUCUCCAAACAGAGCAAAGAAAUGGAGGAUUCAUUUAUGGGAUACAUUGUUUGAAAAACAUUGAAAAACUAGUACUAGAAAAUGUGAAAAUGAAUGAUGGUGACAUUAAAAAAAUAGCCGAAAGCCUGAAGAACUUCAGCAAUAUCUCAGUGUUCCAUCUAUCCCAGCUGACAGGACUUGGCAAUGGAAUCGAGCAACUUGUCACUGAAUUAAGCAGUGGCAUCUGCAGCCUCCAUGAAAUUAAACUGGCCAGCUGCUGUCUGACAGGAAGUGCCAUCAGAACACUUGCUCAAAACCUGCACAAGUUGGAAAAGUUGGAAGUCCUUGAUCUAUCAGGAAAUAACCUCGAAGAGGAAGCCAUUGAUGCAGUCACUGUACUAGUUGAUCAGCUAACAGUGGUACUGGGUUUAAAGGUGCUGAUGCUGCCUUUUGGGUCCAACGUCAAUACUUGUUUUGAACAACUGGUGAACCAACUCAAAAGCCUAACCAAUAUGACCAAGUUAGGUCUGCAGAAAUGGAAUCUGAACGAUAAGGACCUUUUGAUACUGACUUCUCUGGUAACCAGUGGACAUCUGGAAAACCUUCAGUGCUUGGACCUUGCACAGAAUUUGGUGACGACCAAAGGCUGGAUAGCAUUUUUUGAAGCCCUGAGAACAAAUGAAACUGGAAGUCUUUACAAGUUGACAUCACUGGAUUUUAGCAGCCAAGUGGAACUAUAUCCUGAAGCAUUCAUGGUGAAAGAAUUCGUCCAGUGGAUAGUAAAGCUACAUUUUAUUCAUGAAGUUAUUCUGAUCAAUUGGAUGUUUGAUGAAAAUGAUCUGAAUAUGAUUAAGAAUGCAAAAGCAGCUCAAAAGCGAGAGUUUCAAUUAAAGCUUUCAGACACAUCCAAAGGCUUUGCGGGAUUUGUCUGAAAGCCAAGUGCUAGCAAAUGGGACUAGACUAGGCUAGGAUAUCUGGUCGGCAUGAACAGGUUGGACUGAAGGGUCUGUUUCCAUGCUAUAUACAUCUCCAAUGUCUGUAAGAGAUUGGUGUUCAGCAAGUAGAGUUGAAGCAUCCUUGAAUUUUAUUCAAAUUGUAAAAUAUUUCAUUGAAAAAAAACUGCAGUAUUUUUGUAAUUAAAAUUUGGGUUUUAUAUGCAAAAUAAAUGAUGGGGCCUUAUUAGACCUUAGGAACACAGGAAAAAACAUGGAAACAUUUAGAAAUUCAAGUAUGUUGAGACAUUUCAUUACAAUGUGAUUGAUCUGCAUUAAACUCAUUCUGCUUUGCCCUUAGUAGUUUGUAUAACAAAAAUCCCAAUCUUGUAACCUCAAAUGUACUGGCCUCAUCAGAUUUUUGAGGGACAGAUUUCCUAAUUACCAGUACCCUUUGUGUGAAGUAGUGUAGCCAAAUAUCAACUCUGAAUGAGCCAGCUCCAAUUUUAAAAUUCUCCCCUUUGUUUUAGAUGGUUUCUUCCCGAACAGAACUGAAAUGAUUUCUCUCUUUCUAUACUCUCAAUUCCUUCAAAUUUAAUCAUCUGAACUCAAGCAAUUAAAAAUCCCUUUAAUAUAAUUUGUUCUGAGUGAAUGUGAGCAAUGCUUCAAAUCCAUAUUGUGCAUGUGAUGUGGUUCGGAGUUCCAACAGUACAUUGAAUUUUCCUGGAUGCAAUAUUAACAAAAUAUUGAUCAGAGAAUAUCAUCCCAUUUUAAUAGAAUGGCAAAGGAAAACCGGCAAGCCACUCUUGCAGGGUUUUUGUUCCCUACAAUUAGGAACUUUACAAAAGCCUUUGGGGAUGAUUGGAACUAUUAGACACUGUUGGAUAAGAGAUGGGCCAAUUUCAUUGGGAGGCCUGUGUAAAUAAGUGUAUAGUGAGACAGAUUGCCUUUAUCCUGGAGCCAAUUUUCACUGCCAUGUAAACACUGUGAUGAAAUAAAAACAGUAAGUCCUGGAAAUACUUACAACAUCUAGUAACAUCCAUGCAGAGAGAUGCUGCCAGAGCUGUUGAGUAUUUCCAGCAGUUUUGUCAUUUUGAUUUUAGAUUUCUGACAUUCACAAUAUCUUGUUUUUUAACAAUGUGAAACAGCAUGGCAGCAUCAAGGUCUUCACAGAACUGAAGGUCAGUGACUUGUUACCAUAGGCAGGAGAUCUCAAUGAUCAUGAUGGGAAUUUGUAUAUCAGUCCUCAAAUGCAAUAUAGCAGGGAGUAUAGAAGCAGGCAGCAGAACUGGGACUGUACAGGUGGAGUUGGAGCUGGAAAUAGAAGAGGCAGUGAACUGCUGCAGAGUAUACUGUGCAUCAAUGCUUCAAUGACAUGAGGUGCAAUUAUGUUUUUGAAGCAAUUGCCAGUGUGCUUAAAAUGGCACUGAUUUUCCAAGACUCCAUUUGUACUGCAUAAUUGUAAACAUUUCUUUCUCUAUGGAACCAGUGCAAUCAGGCAGUUUGACACAGUAUAAUUGAUUCUCUGCUGGCAUAAUGGUCAGUAUGGACUGGUCAGACUGAAGGACCUGUAUCUGUGCUGUAUGAUGUGAAAAGAUAGUGCCUGGGUCUACUAAAAAGUAAUAAACUACUGCAGCUUUUCUAGUAAAAAUUGUAUUUUUAAUAAGCAUUCAUUCUUGAAUAACCUGAUAUUAAUGAACUAAAAGUGAUUUUUAAAAGGACGAUACCAAACCAUGUAUUAGUUUAAUUUAUGUAUGCUGGAAGGUGCUUUAUAAAUUAAACGUUUUAAUUUUU